AUGCAGCCUUGCCCCAAGUUCAGCUGCCCGUCUACACUGAAGAGCGGGCCGCAAGUGUUGUCUGCGGGAGAGCCAGCAUCAUCCGCAACUGUGAUUCCGAUCCCCACCAUCAACCUCCUUGAUGUCUUGGGGCCAAGCGACGGCCUGAGCUCUGUCUCUGAUGUGGCGUACAUGGCGUUUGCCUGCAUCUUUCCGCUGGAGAAGACGGUGCUGAAGGACAGCCGGCCAGCAGUGAAGCAGGAGAAGCAGCAUACUCUGGAGCAGCAGCUAGUACAGAUUGUGGAGUCUGUCCGCGGGCCAGGUCCCAAAGGCACCCCACAGCAGACCGUGCUGGAGAUCCUAGGGGUGGAGGGCGUCAACCACCCCAAGUUCAUGCAGGAGCGGAUGAUGAGCGAGGAGUGGAAGUGGUUCAACGUGGAGACGCUUUCAGAGGAUGCCAUCAUCUUUGCCUUCCAGCUGCUCUACAAGCACCACACCGUCUUCCUGCGCCAGCACUGGUUGGGAGUCGUGGCCAUGCAGAACCCUAUGGAUGCCUGGUCCAUCAACGACAUCAUCUACACCCUCAAGCCUGACCUCAUCAUUGAGGCUGGCACAGCCAAUGGAGGCAGUGCCCUGAUGUGGGCCUCCAUGCUGCACCUCAUCGGCAAGGGCGGCCGGGUAGUGACCCUGGAUAUGAAUCGCCCAGAGCAGAUUUCCUGGGUGGAAACGCGGGAGAAUCCCUGGGACAACCCGCUUUGGGAUCAGUACGUGACCUUCAUCCAGGGCAGCUCCACCGACCCGGCCAUACACAAACAGGUCAAGGACAUGGCAGACAAGGCCAAAAUGGUGCUGGUGCUGCUGGACAGCAGCCAUGAGGAAGACCAUGUGGGGUUGGAGACCGGCCUCUACUGCCCGCUGGCAUCACCAGGCAGCUAUUGUAUUGUCCAGGACACCAAAAUGGGUCGGUUCAACUGGCACAACCCCAAGAACGCCCUGCAAGCCUUCCUGGCGAGCCACCCCGAGUUCGCCAGCGACCGCACCCGAGAGCUGCUGUUCACAGACCACCCCAGCGGCUACCUGAAGCGCACCGGCUGA